CACCUACCUGCAACUAAAAUUUGACUUCACUAGCAUGCUGCAUACACUACUGAAGCAUGAAAACAGUUCCGAUCAGCCAUUAUGAAUCAAUGCCGUCCCCGUCUAGUUCCUUUCCGACCAUAUUCCGACGCCCAAUUUGUGCAUGUGCUAGCGUAAGGAUAACUCUAUAUACCAAUAAUUUCUGAGUUGUCUUACUUUCUUCAGUGUGCACUCCAACUGUUUGGUUAUUUGUCUCAACGAAAAUUUUAUCUUCCGCUCCAAAUGCAUAAAUCAUCCCUAUUUUUAACAUCACCUAGAUCUCUCAAAUCAUGGCUAAAUUCAAGUGCAAUGUUGGUGCCAAUAAAGCAGAAGUCAACCGGUGGAAGAAGACCCAAGAAGAAAAUAUACCACAGAGUCUAUGACCUAGACAGAGUCAUGGACCUUCAGAAAAAACCAUCGCUCAUCUUACACCUUAAAUCAAUCCUCCAAUCUCAAAAAAACCAGUCUCUUCGCCUUCGAGACCUCGAAAAGCAAGUCGGGUUUGUUCAGAAAUGGAAUUUCAUGGCUGUCAUUGAGAAGUACCCUUCAAUAUUCUAUGUUAGUGGUGGCAGUAAUGGAGUUCCUCCCUCUGUAACACUCACUGGUAAAGCUGCUAAGAUUGCUAGUGAGGAGGAUCAAGCUAGAGAAUUAAUGGAACCUAUUGUUGUCAAGAAUUUGAGGAAGUUGUUAAUGAUGUCUAUUGAUUGUAGGGUGCCACUGGAAAAGAUUGAAUUGAUCGAAAACGAACUUGGUUUGCCUCAGGAUUUUAAGAACUUGUUGAUUCCGAAAUAUCCGGAGUUUUUCUCAGUGAAAGAUUUCAAUGGAAAAGAUUAUCUUCAUUUGGAGAAUUGGGAUUCUUCGUUAGCAGUCACUGCUCGAGAGGAAAGAUUAGCACUAGAAGGAGUUUCGACAUCUAAUCCACCUAAAAAAAUGGUCAGAAUAUCGAAAGAUGGCAAUUUUUUCGGUCCAUUUGCUUUCAAGAUGUGUUUUUCCACUGGUUUUAGGCCGAAUGCAAGUUUUCUCGAGGAACUCGAAAGAUGGCAUAGAAUGAAAUUUCCAUCGCCAUACUUGAAUGCGAGAAGAUUUGACAUUGCUGAACCAAAUGCGAGAAAGCGCGUAGUGGGAGUGCUUCAUGAACUCCUGAGCUUGACAAUGGAAAAGAGGAUGACAUCUAUGCAAAUUGACGCAUUUCAUUCGGAGUUAUUGCUGCCAUCCAGAUUGCUGCUUUGUUUGGUGAAGCAUCACGGUAUGUUUUAUAUCACUAACAAAGGUUCAAGAAGUACUGUGUUCCUUAAAGAAGCCUAUGAUGGUUCUAAUUUACUUGAGAAAUCUCCUUUAUUGUUGUUUAAUGAUAAAUUUGUUGCACUUAGUGGUCGUAAAGAGACAUACUUGAGUAAUCAGAUACAAGUUUCGCAGUUAUAAAUUUCAUGCUACUUCCCAUA